AUGUCCAAGGCAUUUGUUCAGAAGCCCGCCCCUGCCUUCACGGCAACCACCGUCCUUGAGCACGGUGAGUUCAAGGAGGUCUCCCUGUCCGACUUCAAGGGACAAUGGGUCGUUCUCCUGUUCUACCCCAUGGACUUCACCUUUGUCUGCCCCACUGAGAUCCUGGCCUUCAACGACGCCCUCCCCAAGUUCGAGAAGCUCAACACCACCGUCCUGGGUGUUUCCACAGACAGCCACUUCACCCACUUGGCGUGGCGCGAGCGCCCCCGCAAGCAGGGUGGUCUUGGUGAGGACCUGAAGCUGCCCCUGGUCGCCGACAAGAACUUCAAGAUUGCCCGUGACUACGGCGUCCUGAUCGAGGAGGAGGGUAUCGCCCUGCGCGGUCUCUUCAUCAUCGACCCCAAGGGAACCCUGCGCCAGAUCACCGUCAACGACCUGCCCGUCGGCCGCAACGUCACCGAGACCCUCCGUCUCGUCGAGGCCUUCCAGUUCACCGACGAGCACGGCGAGGUCUGCCCCGCAGACUGGCAGUCUGGUGGCGAGACCAUGAAGGCUGACCCCAAGGGCAGCCUCGAGUACUUCGGAAAGCAGGGUGCACCAGGUCCGAUCAAGGCGACCCAGGAACCUCGAGGGCAUCUCCCCGAGUACCCGCCGCGUGUCCUGUCGAAGAUCAGGUGCGGGUUCGGGCCCGAGCGAUCGGACAUCAUGGAGGGGCGGAACAGCGAGAUGGUGUCUUCCUCGAACAGCGCCUGCUUCGGCGGCGUCCUCGGCGGCGAUGACGCGGUCGACACCCGCGGGACGUCGUCGAAGGGGCUCCCGGUGCCUGCGAACCUCAUCGGCCGCGCACUCUUCUUGGAGCUCCUGUUUCUGAACUUUGUUUACACAGCCACGCAUGAAUGCGUUGUCCCGCUUGCCGGGGUCUUCCCUUGGGAGCCGAGGGAGGGUUUCGUUGCUAGAGCCUCGCCUUACAUUGCGCCCCUCUCGCCGCGCAGGUUCCAGAAUCUAGUCUGUGUGGGAGCUGGAGGGACAAACCCGGAUCUUAUGGAAGUUCUAAGCUUCAAUGGCUCCCUUGAAAUGCUUGACAGCCGCGAAUCGCAAAUCGCGUGCAUUGAUACAACAUGUGGCUCGGCCAGGGGAAUCUGGAUGCGCAUCCGAUUCAGGGGAGGGCUCCAGAGAAGCGGAGAAUUCGACCGGAUCCGUUUCCGACCUGUUUCGCUGGUCGAUCUCAUGGAGGCUGCGUAA